AGUUAUGAACGAUUUGCAACUGCAAAUCGGGCUGCAUUGUAAGCAUUUCACGGAUAUAUACGACACAUACCUUGUGCGCAGACAGGAGCACCGCAGCCUCGAGAGCACAAAAGAGGCAAGAAUAGCUCGAAAAGCAGAACAAGCGGCUUUGUUGGACGAAUUUGAAGAAGAGGAAAGUUUAUUGUAUGGCUUUGACAUCGCUAACUUCAAAUUUGCUAUAAUUAGAGCGACCUGUGUGUUCAACGGCGCAUUUCCGAGUAGGCAACUUCAAGCAGUUGUUCCUCAGCUAUUUAUUAAUAUUUUUACAUAAAAAUAUUAUUUCAGAUAGUUUAAAUAUUAAUAUGUGCUUACUUGUAAAACAAUAAACUUUAUGUUUAAAAAAAAUUCGAGAAAAUACGACCGUUUACUUGACCCUCCCCUCUUAAACAACUUAGUCACCGCUAGAGUUUCCAAUCCCAAAUACAAUUU